AAUCCUUACCUACACUCUCAUUUCUUUCUCUCUCCCACGUAUGGACUGAGACAGAACUGGCUCUGCUCCUGAGCCAGAACCCUAGAAGCUGCCAUUUGAAUUUCUCCAUCUCUCCCGUUCUCUCUGUUCUAAUCUCUUCUGCUCUGCAAUUGCUGAGUGAACUUUAUCUUUUGGUCAGAGUUUUAGGGUUUUGUAGCAACUACAAAAUAUGUGGAACAACGGGCAGAUUGCCCCGCCGGGCACGUCAUCCAUACCUCCUCCGCCGGCUGCCCAGCCGUCCUACACGGUGCUGCCUUCGCCUGCGGAGGCUGAGGCGAUGCUCGAAGAGAAGGCCCGGAAAUGGAUGCAGCUCAAUUCCAAGAGGUAUGGUGACAAGAGGAAGUUUGGAUUCGUGGAGACUCAGAAGGAGGACAUGCCCCCCGAGCACGUGAGGAAGAUUAUUCGAGACCAUGGUGACAUGUCCUCAAAAAAAUAUCGGCAUGAUAAACGAGUGUAUCUCGGUGCUCUUAAAUUCAUUCCGCAUGCUGUUUACAAACUCUUAGAAAAUAUGCCAAUGCCCUGGGAACAGGUCCGUGAUGUGAAGAUUUUAUACCAUAUUACUGGAGCAAUCACAUUUGUGAAUGAAAUACCAUGGGUGGUUGAACCAAUUUAUUUAGCUCAGUGGGGUACAAUGUGGAUCAUGAUGCGAAGAGAGAAGAGGGACCGUCGCCAUUUCAAGAGAAUGCGAUUUCCACCAUUUGAUGAUGAGGAACCUCCAUUGGACUAUGCUGAUAAUCUGCUGGAUGUGGAUCCUCUAGAGCCGAUUCAACUAGAGUUGGAUGAGGAAGAAGAUUCUGCUGUAUAUACUUGGUUUUAUGACCAUAAACCUCUUGUGAAGACAAAGCUUAUUAAUGGACCAAGCUACCGGAAAUGGCACCUCUCCCUUCCAAUCAUGGCAACACUUCAUCGGCUUGCAGGACAGCUGCUUUCUGAUUUAAUAGAUCGCAAUUAUUUCUACCUGUUUGACAUGGAAUCAUUCUUCACAGCUAAAGCAUUAAACAUGUGCAUACCUGGUGGUCCUAAGUUUGAGCCUUUGUAUCGCGACAUGGAAAAAGGAGAUGAGGACUGGAAUGAAUUCAAUGACAUCAACAAACUAAUUAUCCGUUCACCUCUUCGGACAGAAUACAGGAUUGCAUUCCCUCACCUUUACAACAAUAGGCCUAGAAAAGUAAAGCUUUGUGUAUACCAUACACCAAUGAUUAUGUAUAUAAAAACUGAGGAUCCAGAUUUACCUGCAUUCUAUUAUGAUCCUUUAAUACACCCCAUAACUACCACUAACAAGGAACGUCGCGAGAAGAAAAUUCAUGAAGAUGAAGAUGAGGAUGAUUUUUAUUUGCCAGAAGGGGUGGAACCGUUACUAUUGGAAACUUCACUUUAUACUGACACCACAGCUGCAGGGAUUUCUUUACUGUUUGCCCCUCGUCCUUUUAACAUGAGAUCUGGUCUGAUGCGGCGAGCAGAGGAUAUACCCCUCGUGUCAGAGUGGUACAAGGAGCAUUGCCCUCCAUCAUAUCCAGUUAAAGUGCGAGUUAGCUACCAGAAAUUGUUGAAAUGUUUUGUGUUGAAUGAGCUGCAUCAUAGGCCACCCAAGGCACAGAAGAAGAAACACUUGUUCCGGUCUCUACAAGCUACCAAGUUUUUCCAGACUACAGAGCUUGAUUGGGCUGAAGCAGGUCUACAAGUUUGCAGGCAGGGGUACAACAUGUUAAAUCUGUUGAUACAUAGAAAAAAUUUGAAUUACCUUCACCUUGAUUAUAACUUCAAUCUGAAGCCUGUGAAAACUCUUACUACAAAGGAGCGGAAGAAAUCACGGUUUGGUAAUGCUUUCCAUCUGUGCCGUGAAAUUCUGCGGCUAACAAAGCUUGUAGUUGAUGCUAACAUCCAGUUCCGCUUGGGGAAUGUGGAUGCCUUCCAGUUGGCUGAUGGCUUGCAAUAUACAUUCUCACAUGUUGGCCAAUUGACUGGUAUGUACCGGUACAAGUACAGACUAAUGCGGCAGAUCAGAAUGUGCAAAGAUUUGAAGCAUUUGACAUAUUACCGCUUUAAUACUGGGCCAGUGGGGAAAGGACCUGGGUGUGGCUUCUGGGCACCAAUGUGGAGGGUAUGGUUGUUUUUUCUUCGUGGUAUAGUGCCUUUGCUUGAACGGUGGUUGGGAAAUUUACUUGCACGUCAGUUUGAAGGGCGUCAUUCAAAAGGAGUGGCCAAGACUGUUACUAAACAACGCGUAGAAAGCCACUUUGAUUUGGAGCUUCGGGCUGCUGUUAUGCAUGAUGUUCUUGAUGCCAUGCCAGAGGGCAUUAAGCAGAACAAGGCAAGAACUAUUUUGCAGCAUCUCAGUGAAGCAUGGCGCUGUUGGAAGGCAAAUAUUCCUUGGAAGGUGCCUGGUUUGCCUGUUCCAAUUGAGAACAUGAUACUUCGCUAUGUCAAGUCCAAGGCAGAUUGGUGGACGAAUGUUGCUCAUUAUAAUCGUGAACGUAUAAGAAGGGGUGCAACAGUUGAUAAGACGGUUUGUCGCAAGAAUCUAGGAAGAUUGACUAGGCUAUGGCUUAAGGCAGAACAGGAACGACAACACAAUUAUUUGAAAGACGGCCCAUAUGUAACACCAGAAGAAGCAGUGGCUAUCUACACGACAACUGUGCAUUGGCUGGAGUCAAGAAAGUUCUCACCCAUUCCAUUCCCUCCGUUGUCAUACAAGCAUGAUACAAAGCUUCUUAUACUUGCUCUGGAGAGGUUAAAAGAAUCUUAUAGUGUGGCUGUGAGAUUAAACCAGCUUCAGAGAGAAGAGUUGGGUCUUAUUGAACAAGCAUAUGAUAAUCCCCAUGAGGCUUUGUCACGCAUUAAGCGUCACCUGCUUACCCAGCGUGCCUUUAAAGAAGUUGGCAUUGAAUUCAUGGAUUUGUAUAGCUAUCUGAUUCCAGUUUAUGAGAUUGAACCUCUUGAGAAGAUUACUGAUGCAUAUCUGGACCAGUAUUUGUGGUAUGAAGGCGAUAAGCGCCAUCUUUUUCCGAACUGGAUUAAGCCAGCAGAUUCUGAGCCACCCCCUCUUCUAGUUUAUAAAUGGUGCCAAGGUAUAAAUAAUUUACAAGGUAUAUGGGACACCAGUGAAGGGCAGUGUGUAGUGAUGCUUCAGACGAAGUUUGAGAAAUUUUUUGAGAAGAUUGACUUGACGAUGUUAAACAGACUGUUAAGAUUGGUUCUUGACCACAACAUUGCUGAUUAUGUCACUGCCAAGAACAAUGUUGUGUUGUCGUACAAGGAUAUGAGUCACACAAACUCAUAUGGGCUUAUACGAGGUCUUCAGUUUGCUUCAUUUGUCGUACAGUAUUAUGGACUGGUGCUGGAUCUCUUGCUUCUUGGAUUGACUCGAGCCAGUGAAAUUGCCGGUCCCCCACAAAUGCCCAAUGAGUUCAUUACAUACUGGGACACUAAAGUCGAAACACGGCAUCCGAUUCGAUUGUAUUCUCGGUACAUUGACAGGGUGCAUAUAUUGUUUCGCUUUACUCAUGAAGAGGCGAGGGACCUCAUCCAGCGAUAUCUGACCGAGCAUCCUGAUCCCAACAAUGAAAAUAUGGUUGGGUAUAACAACAAGAAAUGUUGGCCUAGAGAUGCAAGAAUGAGGCUGAUGAAACAUGAUGUCAAUCUUGGGAGGAGCGUUUUUUGGGAUAUGAAGAAUCGUCUUCCUCGAAGCAUCACAACAUUGGAAUGGGAAAACAGCUUUGUCUCUGUUUACAGCAAGGACAACCCAAACUUACUUUUCAGCAUGUGUGGAUUUGAAGUCCGGAUAUUGCCUAAGAUAAGAAUGAGUCAGGAGGCAUUCAGCAAUACUAGAGAUGGAGUUUGGAAUCUGCAGAAUGAACAAACAAAAGAACGCACAGCAGUUGCUUUCUUACGGGUUGAUGAUGAACACAUGAAAGUGUUUGAGAAUCGUGUGAGGCAGAUUCUUAUGUCAUCAGGGUCAACAACAUUUACAAAAAUUGUUAACAAAUGGAACACAGCUCUCAUAGGCCUUAUGACAUACUUUCGGGAAGCAACCGUUCAUACGCAAGAAUUGUUAGAUUUGCUGGUCAAAUGUGAGAAUAAAAUUCAAACACGUAUCAAGAUUGGAUUAAAUUCAAAAAUGCCUAGCAGAUUUCCUCCUGUCAUUUUUUACACACCAAAGGAAAUUGGAGGACUUGGCAUGUUAUCAAUGGGUCACAUAUUGAUUCCUCAAAGUGAUCUCCGAUAUAGUCAACAGACGGAUGUUGGUGUAACUCAUUUUAGAAGUGGAAUGAGCCAUGAAGAGGAUCAGCUGAUUCCAAAUCUUUACCGCUACAUACAGCCAUGGGAGAGUGAAUUCAUAGACUCACAGCGGGUUUGGGCAGAAUAUGCAUUAAAGAGACAGGAAGCGCAGUCACAAAAUAGGCGUCUAACACUCGAAGAUUUGGAAGACUCAUGGGAUAGGGGAAUACCUCGAAUUAAUACAUUGUUUCAGAAGGACCGACAUACCCUGGCCUAUGAUAAAGGAUGGAGAGUGCGCACUGAUUUUAAACAGUAUCAAGUUUUGAAACAGAACCCUUUCUGGUGGACACACCAGAGGCAUGAUGGGAAACUGUGGAACUUGAAUAACUAUCGAACUGAUGUCAUCCAAGCACUGGGGGGUGUUGAGGGAAUUCUUGAGCAUACCCUAUUCAAGGGAACAUAUUUCCCCACUUGGGAAGGUCUCUUCUGGGAAAAGGCAUCUGGCUUUGAGGAGUCCAUGAAAUACAAGAAGUUGACCAAUGCACAAAGAUCAGGGCUCAACCAAAUCCCCAAUCGUAGGUUUACCCUUUGGUGGUCACCUACAAUAAAUCGGGCUAAUGUCUAUGUUGGUUUCCAAGUUCAGUUGGAUUUAACUGGAAUAUUCAUGCAUGGGAAAAUUCCAACCUUGAAGAUCUCGCUGAUCCAGAUAUUCCGUGCUCAUUUAUGGCAGAAGGUUCAUGAGAGUGUUGUCAUGGACCUUUGUCAGGUUUUGGAUCAAGAACUAGAUGCAUUGGAAAUUGAGACGGUGCAAAAGGAAACUAUCCAUCCGAGGAAGAGCUACAAAAUGAACAGCUCUUGUGCCGACGUUCUUCUCUUUGCUGCCCAUAGAUGGCCCAUGUCAAAGCCUAGUCUAGUAGCCGAGUCAAAGGAUGUUUUCGAUCAGAAAGCAAGCAAUAAAUACUGGAUAGAUGUGCAGCUUCGUUGGGGAGAUUAUGAUUCGCAUGAUAUUGAGCGUUACACUCGGGCCAAAUUCAUGGAUUAUACAACGGACAAUAUGUCUAUCUAUCCAUCUCCAACUGGUGUGAUGAUUGGGAUUGAUCUGGCAUAUAACUUGCAUUCUGCAUUUGGUAACUGGUUUCCCGGAUCAAAGCCACUGCUUGCCCAGGCAAUGAAUAAGAUCAUGAAGUCAAACCCUGCCUUGUAUGUUCUGAGGGAGCGGAUAAGAAAAGGUUUGCAGCUUUAUUCUUCUGAGCCCACGGAACCAUAUUUGUCAUCUCAAAAUUAUGGGGAGAUAUUUAGCAACCAGAUAAUAUGGUUUGUUGAUGACACAAAUGUUUAUCGUGUGACAAUUCAUAAGACAUUUGAAGGAAAUCUUACAACAAAGCCCAUCAAUGGUGCCAUCUUUAUAUUCAAUCCCAGGACUGGGCAGCUGUUUUUGAAGGUUAUCCACACUAGUGUGUGGGCUGGACAGAAGCGUCUUGGUCAGCUGGCCAAGUGGAAAACAGCUGAAGAAGUGGCUGCUCUUGUGAGGUCCUUGCCCGUUGAAGAACAGCCAAAACAAAUCAUAGUGACUCGUAAAGGAAUGCUGGAUCCCUUGGAGGUUCACUUACUGGACUUCCCAAACAUAGUUAUUAAAGGAAGUGAGCUGCAGCUUCCGUUCCAGGCGUGCUUGAAGAUUGAGAAAUUUGGUGAUUUGAUUUUGAAGGCUACAGAGCCACAAAUGGUUUUGUUCAACAUUUAUGAUGAUUGGCUAAAGAGCAUAUCCUCAUAUACUGCAUUCUCCAGACUCAUUCUGAUUCUCCGGGCACUUCAUGUGAACAAUGAGAAGGCAAAAAUGUUAUUAAAACCUGACAAGACAAUUGUCACUGAGCCACAUCACAUUUGGCCUUCCCUUACUGAUGAUCAGUGGAUGAAGGUUGAGGUUGCUUUGAGAGAUCUUAUCCUCUCUGAUUAUGCCAAGAAGAACAAUGUGAACACAUCUGCUCUGACACAAUCUGAGAUCCGUGAUAUCAUUCUUGGAGCUGAAAUAACUCCUCCCUCACAACAAAGACAGCAGAUAGCCGAGAUUGAGAAACAGGCCAAAGAAGCAAGUCAGCUGACAGCUGUCACCACAAGAACAACGAACGUGCAUGGUGAUCCACUCAUUGUUACCACCACAAGUCCAUACGAGCAAGCUGCGUUCUCAUCUAAGACAGAUUGGCGUGUGAGAGCAAUCUCAGCUACAAAUCUUUAUCUUCGAGUUAAUCAUAUUUAUGUGAACUCAGAGGACAUUAAGGAAACGGGCUAUACAUACAUCAUGCCCAAGAACAUUUUGAAGAAGUUUAUUUGUAUAGCAGAUCUGCGGACACAAAUUUCUGGGUACCUCUAUGGUAUAAGCCCCCCGGAUAAUCCUCAGGUCAAGGAAAUUCGCUGUAUUGUCAUGCCACCACAGUGGGGGACCCAUCAGCAAGUGCAUCUCCCAUCUGCUCUUCCUGAGCAUGAUUUCUUAAAUGAUUUGGAGCCUUUAGGGUGGAUGCACACACAACCAAAUGAGCUUCCUCAAUUGUCACCACAGGAUCUCACUGCUCAUGCUCGAGUACUAGAGAACAACAAGCAAUGGGAUGGGGAGAAAUGCAUUAUACUGACUUGCAGUUUUACUCCUGGUUCCUGUUCUUUAACUGCAUAUAAGCUAACCCCAACUGGUUACGAAUGGGGACGAGUCAACAAGGACACUGGAAGUAAUCCUCAUGGUUACUUGCCAACUCACUAUGAGAAGGUCCAGAUGCUUCUCAGUGAUCGCUUCUUCGGUUUCUACAUGAUUCCGGAUAAUGGUCCAUGGAAUUACAACUUUAUGGGGGUGAAGCACACUGUAGGCAUGAAGUAUGGCAUCAAACUCGGGACACCUCGCGAAUACUAUCACGAGGAUCAUAGACCAACUCAUUUCCUUGAGUUCAGCAACUUGGAGGAGGGUGAUAUUGCUGAGGGAGAUCGCGAGGAUACAUUCUCAUAGGUGAGAUCACUUUAGGUUCAAUAGAAAUAGGGUGGUAUAUUUUUCAUACUAUCCCCAAGUGCCAGUAGUUCCAAGAGAGUAUUGUCGUGUUGUACUAAUACAAGUACAAGUGGAGCAUGUAGCUUGACAUGUUUGUAAGCCAUUGUAACAAUUGUGUUCCAAAUUUGUUGUAAAUAUAUGAUUUAGGAAAAUAAUUUUUGGCUUUGCAAGUUUGAGUUGCACACAUGGCAUCUUGCUUCGUUGCUGUGUCACUGCUUGUAGUUCAUUCUAAUUUGCCCCAAACAUUUAUUUAUUGCCUGGUGUGAGGGGGGAACUGGAGAGUUGAUGAAUGAUGCCACGAGCAGGGCUCACGAUGGUUCGGUUAUGACAAUUCAUGCUGGUUUAUUGUGAUGUGGUGCACCUGAAAAUGAUUUGGGUUGUUGUGUCGUUCUUUUCAUUUUUGUUUUGAAAGAGGCUCUUGGGGGACAGAUCUUUUGACAAUGUUAUUUUUAUUGCACUGCUAUACAGCCGUUCAGACGAUUGCUUCCAACAAUAAUUAACUUCUGCUUUAUGGUUUCUUUGUACCUAGGUGUGCCUCAAGUCAAGUUUUGGCUGUUGCCCUCGUCCCAUUCAGCUCCAUAACUUAACCCUCUCCUGUUUGAUGACUCAAUCCCAGAGGGCCACUGAGAGACCAUGGGACGUUAGUUGGAUGGAAUAUUCAACUCCAUGGAUCUCCUCUUCAGGAGUCUUGUUUACUCACGAAUGGGUGGGGGAAGGGGAAUGCCUUGGGAAGAGACGGGAGAAGUUCAAAGGAAAAGCUGUCCAUCUGCUGUUUCGUUAUUUUUUUCUCUCCUAGAUCUUGUUCUCGAAUCUCGACUUGGAUGUGUUUUAAUGGGAUCGCGCAAUCUCUAAUUUAAUUUCCCAAAAACAUUGAAGGUGACACCAAAAGGCAUCUUGAUGUAGGACAAGAAGCAUGGCCAUGGAAGGUUCGUAUUGGAGAAUAUUUCAGAAGAACUUGAUUGAGAAUUGUUGGUUUAGUUAGUAGUUUAUUAUAGGUUAGUUUAAUUACUACAAUAGUAUGCAUAUUCGGGGCUUCUUUAUAGUAUUUGUGUAUUCGAGGGGUGUAUUCGAAUGUAAUGUAGUUUCUAAGGGUAUAUAUGUAAUUUCACGUGAAGAGUUUAUUUUUUAAAAAAAAUAAAAAUAUGAAAGCAUGUUUUGAUGUUGAGUUUGAAAA